CUCUGUCUCUUUAAGAGAGAGAAAGAACGAAAUCAGGAAGUGUGAGAGAACUGAGAGCCGGCAGGGAGCUGAGCCGAGUGUUGACCUCUGCUCCCAGUUCUCGCAGCUCCCAGGGUGGCACGCGGCCACUUCAACUGGCCCGUCUUCAGGGUCCCAGGGCCCGUGGCCACCAGGGUGCUAUGGGCGCUGCCCAUGAAUGACAAGCCCUGAAAGCUCUGGGGGCGUCACGUGGUCCCACAAGCCUGCAUGCCCCACAGCCGAGAUGGGCUCAGCUCCUGGACUUGCCACAGACAGAAAGCAUAACACACACUUGCUGGGGAGAGUCUUUGCCUGAUCGGAGGCUGCUCAGAGCACAGGAAGGUGGCCGGCCAGCUGGGAGCGGGAAAUGCAGAGCACCGUCAAUUACCUGUGGCACACGGAUGACCUGCUGGGGCAGGGAGCCACCGCCAGUGUGUACAAGGCCCGAAACAAGAAAUCCGGGGAGCUGGUUGCUGUGAAGGUCUUCAACACGGCCAGCUACCUGCGACCCCACGAGGUGCAGGUGAGGGAGUUUGAGGUCCUGCGGAAGCUGAACCAUCAGAACAUCAUCAAGCUCUUUGCGGUGGAGGAGAUGGGGGGCAGCCGGCAGAAGGUGCUGGUGAUGGAGUACUGCUCCAGCGGGAGCCUGCUGAGUGUGCUGGAGAGCCCUGAGAACGCCUUCGGUCUGCCUGAGGACGAGUUCCUGGUGGUGCUGCGCUGUGUGGUGGCCGGCAUGAACCACCUGCGGGAGAACGGCAUCGUCCACCGAGACAUCAAGCCGGGGAACAUCAUGCGCCUGGUCGGGGAGGAGGGGCAGAGCAUCUACAAGCUGACGGACUUCGGGGCAGCCCGGGAGCUGGAUGACGACGAGAAGUUCGUCUCGGUCUACGGCACCGAGGAGUACCUGCACCCUGACAUGUAUGAGCGGGCGGUGCUUCGCAAGCCCCAACAGAAAGCUUUUGGGGUGGCCGUGGAUCUCUGGAGCAUUGGGGUGACCCUGUACCAUGCGGCCACUGGCAGCCUGCCCUUCGUCCCCUUUGGAGGACCCCGGCGCAACAAGGAGAUCAUGUACCGGAUCACCACGGAGAAGCCAGCCGGGGCCAUUGCAGGCACUCAGAGGCUGGAGAACGGGCCCCUGGAGUGGAGCUACACCCUCCCCGUCACCUGCCAGCUGUCCAUGGGACUGCAGAGCCAGCUCGUGCCCAUCCUUGGCAACAUCCUGGAGGUGGAGCAGGCCAAGUGCUGGGGCUUCGACCAGUUCUUUGCGGAGACCAGUGACAUCCUGCAGCGAGUUGUCGUCCAUGUCUUCUCCUUGCCGCAGGCCGUCAUGCACCACGUCUACAUCCACGCGCACAACACGAUAGCCAUCUUUCUGGAGGCCGUGUACAAGCAGACCAACGUGGCCCCCCAGCACCAGGAGUACCUCUUUGAGGGUCACCUCUGUGUCCUCGAGCCCAGCCUCUCAGCACAGCACAUCGCCCACACGACAGCAAGCAGCCCCCUGACCCUGUUCAGCAUGGUCAGCGAGACCCCCAAGGGGCUGGCCUUCAGGGACCCUGCUCUGGACAUCCCCAAGUUUGUCCCCAAAGUGGACCUGCAGGCAGAUUACAACACGGCCAAGGGUGUGUUGGGUGCCGGCUUCCAGGCCCUGAGGCUGGCACAGGCCUUGCUGGCAGGACAGGAGCUGAUGCUUCGGGGGCUGCACUGGUUCGUGGAGAUACUCCAGGCCACGUGCAGGCGGACGCUGGAGGUCACGAGGAUGGCCCUCCUCUUCCUCAGCAGCAGCCUCGGCACUGAGAGGUUCAGCAACGUGCCUGGGGUGCCUGAGAUCCAGGAACUGAAGAGGGCCGCAGAGCUGAGGUCCAAGCUGCGUACCUUGGCUGAGGUCCUCUCCAGAUGUUCCCAUAAUAUCACAGAGACCAAGACGACCCUGAGCAAGCUGAGCUCUGAGCUGAUGAAGAACCGGGAUCAGGUACAUGAGGACAGAAGCAUCCAGCAGAUUCAGUGCUGUUUGGACAAGAUGUAUCUCAUUUACAAACAGUUCAAGAAAUCCAGGAUGAGGCCAGGUGAGCCGCAGGGAGAGCAAAACACUCAUGCUCUCCCCUCCCUCCCUCCUUCCUUCCCUUGGGUUAGCUGGCUGUCUCUAACCCUCCAUCCAGUGGCGUUGCUGGAGGCCCACUAUGCGGGUGGCGCUCCGUGGUGCCCGGGUGCCUCUGGUCUAGGGCAAGGUCGCUGCCUGCAGGCUGCCUGCACACCAGUGAGGGACAUGAAGCCUUUCCACCUUUGCCUGUUGCCACAUAGGGGCUCAGCUGAGGCCUGGAUGCUAUAGACGUGGUGGCCUUGAAAGAGACCCCUCACCUUUGCAGGGCACUCUACAGUUUAAGGAGUGUUUCCCUAUCCGUUGUGACUUUGGCUCACUGAAGUGUUAGUCAGGCUUUCCAGAAAAGGGAGGAUCGGGAGAAAUACCAGUUAGAGUCAUUAGUCCAGGCACUUGGCCUGCAUUAUCUACCGAGCCUCACCAAGACCCUCUGGGCAGGAGCAGCUCAUUUACAGGUCCAGGGAUGGGAAGCUUCUCACCCAUCAUGGGGUAGGGGAGGGUCGAACCCAGGGCUGGGGCUGACGGCAGCGGGGGUUGUGGGGGGAGCCUGGGGAGGCUCCAGGUGACUCUCGGGGUUGGGGAGCUAACACUCCAGGAACCGACCGACACUCUCGCCCACCCAUGCCCCCAGCAUUUCCUAAUGUGCAGGAAAUCAAUACUUGAGGGCUUGCGCCUGACUGCAAAUUCUCUUCUGUCCCUAGGAUUAUCUAAAAAGCACUGUCCCGUAGGAAUGCAAUGCCAGGCACGUUUGUAAUUUUAAGUUUACUAGUAGCCAAAAUUUAAAAAGUAGAAAGAAACAGGUGAAAUUUAUUUUAAUAACAUAUUUUAUACAACGCAAUAUUUUCAAGUUGUCAUUUCAGCAUGUAAUCAAUAGAAACAAUUAUUAAAGAGAUAUUUUACAUUCUCUUUUGUGCUAAGUCUUCACAAUCCCGUGUGUAUUUUACACUCACUGGCCAUCUCUAUUUGGAAGCUAAUUUUUUAACAAAAUGAAAUGUACUCUUACCAAAAUAAUAAAGCUGUGUUUGAU